UCUACAGAAACAGUUCAUAUCCUGAGUAGGAGUAUGAUGUGUAGCUUCACAUAAUUUGUGAAAGUAUGUCACAGUUGUCAGUGAAAGAGCAAAGUGGCUGUAGAAGACUGUUGACAUUGUUACCCAAGGAAGACUUGUUGGCCCUUACCGAUACAGUUACGAAUCGUCUGAUAGCUGUAGGGAGUACUAAAGAGGCAAUUGAAGCCAUCAUAGCAUACUCUCAGGAUGCAGAGGAGCUGCUCAAAAGGAAGAAGGUGCACCGUGAUGUCAUUUUUAAGUAUCUUGCCAAUGAAGGAGUUGCUAUUCUUCCGAACACGGAGAAAUAUCAGCUGGUCAGGAAGACCCUUGAGUUUUGGUCAUCUGAUGAGAUGCUAAAGCCAAAAAUUGAGAAGAACACAUCUGCUUCUUCAGAUAAGACUGGAGAUGGUCUGUCAGAUCUUGCAGCUUUGGGAAAACAGUUUUGCCAGUGGUUCUUCUGCCUUCUCAACUCUCAGAACCCCACACACGGUCAGCCGGUGCAGGACUGGGGUCCUCAGCAUUUCUGGCAGGACGUGAGACUUCGGCUUCUGUUAUGCUCUGGAGAGCAGCGUGUAGAAGAGUUCAAUGGGGCAGAGUUGGUCAGCCAGCGGCUUCAUGCUCUUGUGGGAGAAGAACGUCUUUUGUUCUGCCCGAAUUUGGAGGGUCUUGGGUUAAAGUGUGUAUCUUCACCUCAUGGAUUGGUGUUUGUGGCUGUGGCUGGGACCAUCCACCGUGACAGUGCCUGCCUUGGGAUUUUUGAGCAAGUGUUUGGGCUCAUUCGCUCACCACUGAACAAUAAUCAUUGGAAGAUAAAGUUUGUGAAUGUUAAAGUAGAUGCACAAAGUGCCAUCACUGACAAACAGUUACCAGUAAUUACAUAUGACUCCAACGAGUUGCUAAGCCUUUGCAAUUGAGCGUCUGUGAACCACACAUGGUUUGUGUGGACAUUUUUUGAUGUGGUAGUGACAAAACUCACUGAAAAAGGAAUAUUCUGUACAAGUUAAGCUCAAUCAACAGCAUUUGUGGCAUAAUGUUGAUUACCAAAAAUAAAACAAAACAUUUGACUCGUCCUUUGGUUAUAUAUUUAAAAAGGAAUAAUAAAUAAAUACCCAGACAACAGAUUUUUGUUGUCCUGUCUACGAAGUGUUAACAUUGUAUAUAACUUUUCACAGAUAAGGUUAGAAAGCAAUUUUAUCACACUAAAACCAUGUCAACAUGUCUUGUUUAUAUCUUGUGUCUAUUCUUUUGAAACGGUGUGUAUUUCAAUGUUUAUGGACUGGCCCCAAUCACUUCCAUUGUAAGUGCCUCACUGAAACUGCAAUUUUGACUUUAUUUAGCUUUAAUUUGGAAAAUCAACAUUGUGCCUUAAAUGCUGUUAAUUGAGUUUAACCUGUAUUGAACCAGGGACAUUCCUUUCACCAUAGAUAAUCGACAUGUAAAUAACGUUAUCGUGGGGUUCCAAAAAGUAUGGUAAAAUGUAUGGCACCUGAAAUUUAGAUUUAGAUUUAUGUAAUAUUUAUUUUAUUUGACUUGUCGUUGUUGAUUUUUUUUUUUUUUAUAGAGAACUAAAUUGAUGGAAAAAAAUAAAUACAAAUUAAUGGAGAGAUAGAAAGCUACAAAUUGAUUAAUUAAUUAAUAAUUUAAUUAAUACAAUGGAUCCUGUAAAUUAAAUUGCCAUUUCAUUAUUUUAGGUUCUUUUAGAUUCUUUUUUCCUUCAAAUUACUAAUUUGUAUUUCAACCUCAUAAAUUAUUUUUGUAGUUCAUUUCAUAAAUGUUCCAAAAUGAAAAAGUGGGGAUCUUUUCU